AUGAACUGGACAGGAGGUCAGCUGCAUCUCCAUUCGAGUCGGUCCGGUGUGCUGUCCAAAACACAGCGACAAAACUUUGCAAGUACCCGCCAGUUGGCUGGCAGCAAGCCGUCUCCACCGAGACCCUUCAGCGGAUUUUCAAGUCUCAAAGAAUCGGAUGCGAAACGAGAUGACGAGGCCCAGCAGCAGUCAGUGACAGAACUUGGUGUUUGCUCGCAAUCUACAGAGCAAAGCGAUGCUCGUCCCGCUGAAGGUCCUUCCCUUGAGAGUGGUAAUCAGUUAGACCAAAUCAAACAGAAGCUUCUUCGCAGAUCUGAUUGGGCUGUCUUGUCUGCUACACGUCCAUUGGCGAUUUCAUUUCCCCCGCAAACAGAGCGCUUUGGCAAAAGACGGAAACUGACAGGUGCCGAUCAUAAACGCUUGACCGCUACAAACGGAGAGCACACCCUGCCAAUGCUGUUUCAGUCCUAUCGGAGAGGCAGUGGUCUUUCCGCUGGACAUUAUCUGCCAGAUGUUCAAAUUCGCAUCAAUGGGCAACUUACCAAUCAUCCAUCAUCCCAGUUGAUCAAUCCCCUGGACGAUGGGCCUAGAACCUCACUGUCACCCUUUGGGCCCGUAGAAAGCUUACUAGCAAGGACUACCACAGCCACUCUACAGCAGUCCUCUGCAUCUGAACACGAAGCCACUGAUGACAAAACGGCAUCCAUACCCGAAGCCUCUACUCGAACUAAUGAAUAUUUCCGGGAUGGCGAUGUGGAUUAUCGCUUGUACCACGGUCACCGGUCUCCUGGAAUGGUCGAACGAGUCUCAUGUCACAGUAAUCGGGGGUUCUACCCACUCCAUGGCACCCACGGGGCCGACUUGUGUGAACCCGGCUAUUCGAGAAUCGGCACUCCUCAAUCUCGCUAA